AUGUGUGUACGAUUGGUGGCAAUGGUGGGUGCAAAAUUGGUUAAAGUGUCCUCAUUGACCGUUCAAACCUCAUUGAUUUCCAAGAAAAUUGACAGUCUUAAUAUCAAAGGGGCCCUCAAACUCAUUUCAACCAAUGACACUCUGGCGGAAUCCAAUUUAGAUACCUUAAUUGAGCUUCGAUCAAAGCAUCCCACAACAACAUUUAUGAUAAUAUUGCCCCAACCCUACUCCCAUUGUGCAGCAGACCAGGAAGAAGUAAGGAAAGCAAUCCUAUCUUUUCAUCGGGAUUCGGCUCAUGGUCUAGAUGGGAUUAGACCAAAGGUUUUACAGGACAUUACCUCUCCUGUGAUCUGUACACAGGUUUCAAUUCUCACUAAAAUCACAAACUUAGUCAACAAAAUCCUAAAUGGAGACGUACCCAGCUUUAUUACCCCAUUACUCUUCGGUGCCAGACUCAUCGCACUCCAAAAACCAAACAAGGACAUUUGGCCCAUCGCCAUUGGUUCAACUUACCGUAGAUUGGUCGCUAAAUUAAUCGCAUCUAGAAUCAAACACGAUGCCGCACACAUUCUAAGCCCCUACCAACUUGGUGUAGGGAUACCUGGUGGGUGUGAAGCUGCUGUGCACUUAACAAGAAUUCACAUUGAAAAUAACCCAAAAAACGAAUCCCUAGUAAAAAUUGACUUCUCUAAUGCCUACAACACUCUUUCGCGCAACACGUUCCUACAUUCAACUUGCUUCCAUUUCCCCGCUUACACCAAAUUUCUUUUCUCUUGCUACCAAUCACCAACAAGCUUACUCAACAAAGAAAAGAUACUUUCUGUCGAGGAACAGGGUGACCCUCUCGGAUCCCUUCUCUUUAGUCUUGGGAUCAAUGACAUGAUAAAAUCAAUAAACUCUUCAUGUACUCUAUCGCUCCACGCUUACGUUGAAUUAACACAUCUAGGAUCGCCUGUAGGAGGACACGAGGCAAUAAGCACCUUUCUUCAUUCCACACUCGACAUACUCCUUAAACUGGAGGACAUCUUUACACUUCUUCCAUCACACAAGUCCUUUUUUUUGCUAAAAAAUUUCUUUUUUAUACCAAGGAUUCUUUACGCACUUCGGUCAACACCAAUUUUUAAAUAUCCUAUUCCUCUCCAAACUUACGAAAAAGGAAUAAAGGACUUAACCGAAAAAAUAGUAAAUAUCAGAUUCAACGAAACAGCUUGGGCCCAAGCAACUCUUCCAACCAAAUUUGGUGGUCUCGGCAUCAGAUCUCCACAUGACUUAGCAAUAACUACUUUCAUAUUGAGUAGUCUCUUGACAAAGCCAAUAACCACCUCCCAUAAUUCUAAAGAAGACCUUUCCUUAAUCGUGGCUAUGGAUAUUUGGAAAACAAGGAUCAAUGCUGAUUCUCAUCCCCCCACAACCCAUAGACAGAAAGACUGGGAUGCAACAGUGGUUGCUCGCUGCGUUGAAACUCUCUUAUCUAGCAUGCAAUCUACCGACCGCACCCUAUUCUCUUCCCUGCUCAAUGGUACGGGACAUGAGUUUCUUGAGGCCAUCCCAUCUACCAAUCUUCAGCUUCAACUAUCCAACAAUGAAUUUACCCACGCCAUCGGCAUUCGUCUAAAUUGUUCCAUCACUCACCCUCACAUCUGCUCAGGGUGCAACUCGCUAGUUGACUCGAAGGGUAGACAUAGUUUACAUUGUCGCUCCUGCAAUGGACGAUUCAUCAGACACAAGCAAUGUAAUACAAUCAUCCAACAUGCACUGAAAUCCGCCCAAAUUCCUUCCACUCUAGAACCACAGGGUCUUUUUAGAUCUGACGGUAAACGUCCUGAUGGGAUCUCUCAAAUCCCAUGGAGGAGAGGCCAACUUUUGGUAUGGGACUAUUCCUGUAUUGACCCCUUGGCCCCAUCCAACCACGCCAUCAACAUCCUUGACCAGAAGGAACAACUUAAAACUUCUAAAUACACAGAAAUAAUGAACGAUCAUUGCUUCAUCCCAAUCAUAUCAACCACUCUUGGCACCUUCGGCAAACUCGCCUUAGCAUUUUUCAAAAACUUAGGAUCACAAAUCAGCAAACUCUCAGAAGAACCUCGAGAGGGUUUUUUUCUUCGUCAACGAUUAUCCAUAGCGAUUCUCAAAUCUAAUUAUAUCAGUUUCAAUGGUAGUCUUCUAGCCAAAGAGCUAUCCUAG